AUGCUGUUCGCUCGGAGGCUUUUGGCUGGACCUGCUGGGUGGUGGGCCCGAGAUGAAGGCCAGCAGGGCCUCGCCCAAGUGUCCUUGCCGUGCGAGGACGCCUUGGAAGAUGCAGUGGAGGAGGCCGUCAAGUCUGAAGACUGGGAAUGGGACAUUGUAGAGGCAGCUGAUGAUGAAAUCCAUGCAGAUGCUGUGUGGUCGACGUUCCCAGACUCCGACUUUGCCUCGGACCGUGCAGUCAGCCGACCAAGCCCGACUGAUUCCAGAUGUGUGGAUCAAACCCCUGCACCCCCGCCCCUCGAGUUCAAACAAGGCGUUGUAGUACAAGCAGCUCCUUGCAAGACUGUAGUCUACCAGGGUGCAGAUGUGGAGUCUCCACUGCAGGUUCAGAGACCGGAUGUUGUGGAGCCAUCCGAGCCAGAGGAAGAAGUUGCUGUCGUACGAGCAGCCGCUCCUCCCGAAACUGUAGUGCACCAGGCUUCUGAUGAGAAGCUUCCACAUGUCCGGAGACUGGACAUCAUGGAACAAGAAGGGGAGAUGGGCCCUGCUGGUGGCCCCGAGGAUGGGACUGCUGCUGUGGACCCCGUCGGGAGCUUGCGCGAACGCGCGGAGGGCUUGCGGGCACUGGCAGGCCAAGAAGAGCCGCCGAGGGCCAAGAUGGCAGCACGCGGCACUCAGAGGCUUUCCCACACGGCCUGGCAUGGACUCCAUCCCGGCAGCGUGCCGAAAGGCAGUGAAGAAGAGCUGGCCAGUAAGCUUCAGAGGCAGCUGGCCAGGGCAGAACAAGAAGGUUGCGUGCUGCAGUCCGGGCGCCGGCAUGCCAACGUGGCAGACGCCCAAGCUGCAACGGCAGAUGAGGCGAAGGCAGCAAGGCAGCCGAAGUCCAGCGGGUGUGUUCAGCUCCUCUACGCCUCAAAGCGCCAUUCCAUCUUCGACUUCCAGGAGCUCGAGGCCGAAGAGCAGAUGCUGGCUGACUAG